AUGCAUGUGAGCUACAUGUUGGAUAUCAGAGGACAUCUCUCAAUCUAUGAACCAAAAAACUUGAAUGUUGAUUCUCCUGAUGUGUGGGAAUGGAUUCCCGAUCAGGGUACAAGUUAUUCAGUAAGUGGAGCAUAUCAUUUGUUGACUCACAUGUAUCCGCGUGAGAUGUGUGCUCACAAUGAUCUUAUUUGGAAUAAGCUUGUACCAUCAAAGAUGUCCACUUUUACUCGGCGGUUUAUUAAUGACAGGUUACCCACAAAGUUUAAUCUUUUUACGCGUGGAUGUUUACGUAAUGACUCCCUGCUUUGCUCAGCUGGUUGUGAUGCUAUUGAAGAUAUUCAUCAUCUAUUUCUGAAUUGUCUCGUGUUUGGUGCGAUUUGGAGUGCCAUCAUUUCCUGGUUGGGGAUCACUGGUGUUCUCCCUGAUAAUGCAAUGUCGUUGGCCUCCCAAUUUCGUGGGGCUCAUGGUUUUAGCAAAAAUAUUAAAACAUGUUUACAAGCAAUUUGGUUAGCCUCCAUCGGGUCUAUUUGGAAAGCUAGAAAUGACAGAAAUGAUAGAGUGUUCAAUGGAAACACAGUUACUAUUGACAGGUUAAUCUUUACUACCAAAGUUCAAGUUUAG